AUGUCAUAUGUUCCAUUAUAUAAAAACCAAUAUGAAAAAAGAUCAUCGCUUUUGCACGAUGUAUCAGCUUCUACGAAUCGACAGUUCGAAGAAGAUCAAACUUUUGUUCCACCACCUUCAUUAAGUUAUUAUAGCAUAGAAGUUUUAAAUUCUAAGGGAAAACCGACAAAAAGAUCACCAAUAACCGGCAAAUACAGUGAAGAUUUUGCAGAUAGACAAAGUGAGUUAAAAAAAAAAUUGUCCGUCACGUAUGGACAUACAACUACUGCAUCAACUCAAAAUUCGUUCAAUACUCAUAAUUCAGAUGAUAUAAUGGAUGAGAAAUCUGGAUCUACCUCGAAGUCCACUACAAGCACAGAUAAUAAAUUGAAAAGAAAGAGAAAAUAUGGGAAACUACUCGGAGAACCUAAACGUGCUUCAGAAAUUAAUAUAUUGGAAGAUGAUCCAAUCCCAAUUGAUGAGGAGUUGAUUAAAAAGAACGUAGAAGAACGAAAAGAGCAGCGACGAAUAGAAUUGGAAAGUCUGAAAAACGAUUCAGUUGAAAACCAAUUCAAAACAGAAAAUUUUGAAGCUAUUAUCAAAACACCAUUACAGUCUCCGUUCCAAGAAAAUCGAAAACCAUUGAGUAAUAUUUCACCAAAUAUUUUCAGAAAACCAUUGGCUCCAGUUAAGAUACCUCAAAAAUCAAGCUACGACAAGCAUGAACCUCCUGAACCACAAGCUAAGUAUGAACCACCUGUUCCAAAAUUUCAACCAAAUACCACAGAUGAAGAUCUGAAAAAAAAGUUUGUAGUAAAUGGGAAAGAAUAUGAGAAAAUGGAAUUGCUAGGUAGAGGAGGAUCUUCGAAAGUAUAUCGAAUUAAAGCUUCUAAUGGUCAUCAAUAUGCCUUAAAAAAAGUAAUGCUUAAUCAAUUUGAAGAUAUUGAUGGAUUCAAGGGGGAAAUUGCAUUAUUGAAAAAAUUAAGAAAUUACAAAAGAGUUGUUAAAUUAUAUGACAGUGAAGUAACAAAAUCAUCAUUAUACUUAAUUAUGGAAAAAGGAGACAUAGACCUAGCUAUGUUAUUUCAAAAUAGACUAAGUAUGAAUUUACCUUUAGACUUACAAUUUGUGAGAUAUCAUAUAUCAGAGAUGUUUAAAUGCGUUAAAGAUGUACAUGAUGCUGGCAUCGUGCACAGUGAUUUAAAACCUGCAAACUUUCUCAUGGUUAGAGGAAUAUUAAAAAUUAUUGAUUUUGGUAUUGCAAAUGCGGUUCCUGAUCAUACAUCCAAUAUUUAUAGAGAAUCUCAGAUUGGGACACCGAAUUAUAUGGCUCCAGAAGCAUUAGAAGAAGCUAAUCUAGUUGAACUUAGAAAUACUACUUGGAAAGUUGGUCGUCCUUCUGAUAUCUGGUCUUGUGGAUGCAUAUUAUAUCAAUUCAUUUACGGAAGACCACCAUACGCUUCAUUAGCUGGUACUAAAAGAAUUUUGGCAAUCAUGAAUCCUCAAUAUAAAAUUCAAUAUCCACCUCAUGGUAUAGGAAAUGUCCUUGUUCCUCAAAGUGCAAUAAGGUUGAUUCAAAAUUGUUUAUGUAGAGAUCCUGAUGACAGAUGGACAGUGGAACAAUGUUUGGAAAGUGAGUUUUUCAACCCAAAAGUAGUGGAUGAAAAUAUUAUUAGUAAAUUUGUUCAUGAAAGUGUCAACUUUGGUUUCAACAAAAGAAAAGCUGGAGAAGGUAUAACUACAGAGGCUUACGAUUCAAUGGUCAACAAUAUUAUAGAGCAAAUUCGCGCAUAUAAUUGCUAA